AUGGCUUCCAGUAGCCCCGCUCCGGGCCGAACGCUGUUUAUUCGCCAAGUCCCCGUAGAAUUUCCCUUCGAGCCAUAUCCAUGUCAAGUUCGGUAUAUGGAACAUGUGAUCGAAGCGCUGCAAACCGGACAAAACGCGCUCUUGGAGUCUCCGACGGGCACGGGCAAAACACUCGGACUCUUGUGUGCGGCACUAGCCUGGCGCUCGUUGCUCGUUGCCCAAGUUCAAGGUCAGGCUAGCACUCAGCGCAUAUCCAAAUCACUAGCCGAUGACAGCCCGAAGAACGAUUAUGGUGAGCGCUUGCUCCAGGGGGUGCAGGGUGCAGCCGGUGCAGUCGUGGCACCGGAGGCCAGCCUUCGUGGCCUCGUACCUGCGGCCAGCUCUGAAAACGGGCCGGGCCCAACGCCCCUGCAGUCGGUUCCCAGAAUCAUCUACCUGACGCGAACGCAUAGUCAGAUCAAGCAGGCAGUGCGAGAGCUCAGCAGAACCGCAUAUGGUGCGAGCGUUCGGACCGUGGUCCUCGGCUCCCGCCAGCACCUCUGCGUCCACCCGGUUGUAUCUCGACUCGAAAACGCCACAAUGCAGAACGUUCGUUGUACCCAGUUGACUAAAGAGCGACGCUGCAGCUUUUAUCUGAAUGCCGAACAAAAGUUCAAGGAGGUUGGCGAUGACUUUUUCUUCAUCGCCGUCGACAGCACCUCGACGCUAGCGCUUCCGGGACGGCGCCCACGAGACCUCGAGGACUUGGCAGCGUACGGGCAUCAGCAUGCGAUGUGCCCUUAUUUUCUCAGUCGUGAGGCAUCUGCCGAGGCCGAAAUCAUCUUCAUGCCCUACAAUUAUUUGUUCGAUGGCAAGUGUCGGCGUUCGCUGGGGCUCAGCGUCGAAGGCGAUAUCAUCAUCGGCGACGAGGCACACAAUCUGGAGAGCAUCUGCUGUGAUAGUCUCAGCUUCGAUUUUACCGCUGCGGAGCGUCAAAGGUGCGUCAGCGCUAUUCAGCAAUUGGCAAGUGCGCUAUCCUCGGGUCUUCUGAACCGCGACGGGCGCGAAGGAUCCAACACGGAGCCCGCGCUACACGCGUCUGAUCUCCACGCUCUGCUCGAAAUCAUGGUCGCACUUGAAGAGCGCAUAUCGCUGGUUUCCCAGGCGGACGCCAAGGCGUCUCAUGCGCGCCCUGGUGCAGAGAAUGGAGGCACGGUGUGUUUUGGGCAGCGGCGUCGGAUUGAAGGGAUUGAUGGCGUGGUGCUUCCUGGUCAUGCUAUUGAAUCAUUUUUGCAGUGCUCUUCGAAAGACGCAACGCUCACCGAGGAAGCGUAUGAGCGUCUGCUCCGCGGCGUAGAAGCGGCGAUCCGUGCACUCACACAAUUGCGGCAACAAUUCCCUGACGGGACCGCUGCUGCGCUCGAUCAUUCACAGGCGCCGGAAGCAGAUGCCAUAGAGACACGGGAUCAGGGUGAUCCUUAUACGGGGCUGCUUCACCGACAAGUACGGACUACACAGCGCACGUCAGCGGCAGCAUGGGCCGCUCAGGUGCACGCGCUAGAGCAGCUCAGUCAGGUGCUGGAGCUAUCUCGUCUGUUCGGGAAACCAGAGACGGCGUCCACGUUCGCGAUCUGUGUGCACGAGCCGGCGAAGGGCACCGCUGGUACUACCCACCAGGCGAUGAAUCCCAGUCGUCUGAAGACGCCCUCCGCGUACGAUGGUGUCGGAUGGCCGAGGCAAACACCGUCGCAGCAGCGCCCACCCUUGAGCGGCACCGCAGCGGCAGAGGCUGCCUCUGGCAAGUACGUACACCAAUCCGCACGUGAACAUCGCUCCUCUACAGGAUACACGCUCUCAUUCUGGUGCCUUUGGCCGGGUCUCGCGCUCCGUCGAGCCACCUCGAAUGCACAUGCAGUGCUGUUGACCUCAGGGACGCUGAGCCCCCUAGAAUCCGUUGCAUCGGAGAUGGGUGCUUCGUUUCCAGUUCGUCUCCAGAACUCCCAUGUCGUCGAUCCAGCAACUCAGGUAUUCGCGGGGAUCCUUACCAAAGGGCCGCGGGAUAUUCAACUGAACAGCUCGUAUGCGAAUCGACACAAUCGCGAGUAUAUCUCGGAUCUCGGUAGCGCGCUGGUCAAUAUCGCUCGCGUCUCACCGCGUGGCAUGCUCGUCUUCUUUCCGUCCUAUGUGCUGCUCGCUCGGUUCGUAGAAAUCUGGCAGACGGGCGCCUUUCAUCACAACAACCCGUUGAAUCCCGCUCAUCGUGGCCGUCAGCCUACCCAGGCGACUGUCUGGGAUCGUCUCAAUGCCGUGAAGCGCAUCUUUAUGGAGCCUCGCGACGCUGACGCCUCUCGGCAAACCGUGGACGCCUACCGCCAAUGGAUUUCCAGCGGCCGCGACGCAUGCCUCUUCGCGGUUUGUCGAGGACGCACCGGCGAGGGGAUCGAUUUCGCUGACGACUUUGGACGAACGGUGAUUCUAGUCGGUCUUCCGUUUCCUUCGACAACAGAUCCGCGCAUCAUCCUGAAACGCGAUUAUCUGGAACGUCAGGCGCUUCACCUCAGGGAUCACGGCAAGACGAUCACUGGUCGCCUCUGGUACGUGCAGCAAUGCCUACGAGCAGCAAACCAGGCCAUGGGUCGGGUGAUUCGUCACGCGCAGGACUUUGGAGCGAUUCUCCUCUGUGACGAGCGGUUUCGAGCUCAUCUGAGAGACCUCCCGCGCUGGCUGAGUGCAGCUUCAUCGGAUGCGGAUCCGCGAGCAACGCACAAUAUCCAAGUUUUUGAGCGCUUUGGAACCUUCAUGUCGAAUCUGUGCGGCUUCUGGCACUCGGAGCGAAUUCGCCAACUCUCAGCGGCGCAGUUGGAACUCGCAACCUCGGUACCGCCAGUUCGCACACCUGUUGAUCCGUUUCAGGCGAGCAAGGACGAGCAACCGCGUCUCCAGUCGAUGGCGCAACAUGCAGCUAUGAUCGGGCGACAGUCCCAAGAGUAUGAUCAGGCAGGAAAAACGGGAACAUGCGAUGCACGGCGAGCGCGCUCGCUAUCGUUGUCAUCGCAGUCGUCGAAAAGACUCCGCGAGACCAACGUGGCCGCCACGGCCGUCUCGUCGACGUCGACCGCUGAACCAGGCUUGGUCUGGAAGGCGAAAGCCGAGCGUCGAGCUGUAUCCGCUGUGCACAAGGAUGCAGCUCUUGCACGUGGCUCUCAAAUGAUCAGCAAAACGAUCAUGGAACGCAUUCGUGCUCGAGUCGGUGAUCGUACCUUUUCGCUAAUUUUCCAACAGAUGAAACGAUACUACCGUCUUGCUCUGAUUGCCCGCCAACCGCAGCAUUCCGUAGAACUCCAACAAAUUCAGACGGAGCUGCAAAGGCUUGUCAACGAUCCAAGCGACUUUGAGCAGCUCCGUCUACUUCUAGGUGAGGGCGCACCUGCGAUGCGCUCAUCUACGUGA